CACCGGCCUGCAGAGGGCGCUCUGGAGGCUGGAAGAACUAAUUCCCUGAGAGACCAGCAGGAGGCACCGCAGGGGUGAGUCUUGCCCCGUGACACUCGGUCAUUGACUUAUGCCAUCAUUUUUUGUCUCCAGGGCCUGAAAUAGCUAAGCUAAAGUCUUGCAGGCAUCAACCCACAGUUUCUUGCAUUUCAGCUUGUUCUACUCAUGUCUACUACAUAGUUCUUCUAAAUACUGAUCAGUCUUGUACUUUUAUAAUCCUACAAAUCAACUCUGAUUAAUCAAUGCUAUAUUACAUAUAUCCAUUGUAUGUUAAUCAAAACAUCACACACUGAAUGAAUACUAAACUAAAAUCAUUGGCUACUGGCCCUAAGGGGUCUCCUGGGGGUUAUCAGUCUGUACAUUAGGAAAAUGACUUCCUCAGCAGACUGCAAGAUAACUUUCCUCAAAGCAACUAAGGACAGCUAGCUCCAGUACCAGUUCUGAUAACAAGUGUUGGAGGAGGAACAAGAGCUUGGCAGAGAAGACCUCCUACCACUGGCUAUUUCUUCCUUGUCCCCUGACAAGACAAUUAAGCUUCCCUCUAUAGCCCCAUUGGAUGAACUAAAAGCUUUUUGGGAUCUGAUGAGGAUGUUUGUAGUUGCUCUAUAUAUCCCUCAGAAAAGCAGCACAAGUUACUGGACAUCCUGUAGCCAUAAUCAUUGGGUAGAAUGGCCUUAUCAAUCAAGAGGGGAUUUUAGAACGGGCAAAGAUUAUAUGAGCUACUCCUGCAUGUGUCCCUGUGAUCUCCAAGUGUGCAGACAGAAGAUACCAGGUUCUGAUGGAUGUAAAUACUUUUUUUUUUUUUUUCCAGCAUACCAUCCCAGUGUGUCUGGUUGUCCAUGCUAUCCAAGAGAGAUCAAAGCAACAGAUCAGAUCUCACUUCUCUGCAAGUGGGUCUUUCUGGUUGAAAGCAUCCGUGGUGAUGCUUCAACUAUGAGUUGCCAAUUAUCAAGCACUCCUUGCAAAGUAUGAUUCCUGACUCGAAGUUCAGUCAACACCUUCUCCACUCACUAUGCCGUGAUGCAAGUCUUCAGAUCGGAUGGAAGGUUCAGUGGGGCUGUCCUUCAGCUGGCAUUUUAAAUAGGACUUCUCUUGUUAUGCUUGUAAGAAGCACACAGGAUCUUUUUCAGGAGAAAAGGCAAUACGCCACAUUUAUUGAAGAUACAACAGUUAGCGUAUGCUCACGCACUCUCCUGCCAGUCGAUGUUAUAGUUACCAGUUCACAGUCUGGAUCAAUCUAGUGGUCAGUAGGUUGAUCACAGAUAGGUAGGAGCUGGGUUCUGUCGUUCGUGACACGAUGCUCCGGGGAAGUCUUGGCAGGACGAACCCUAAGUUUCAUGGCAAGGCACCCUGUUUAUAUAGUGAUUUUCCUUCAUUGGGACCAAUGAGUUUUGCACCGUCAUGCUGUAAUCAAUUGUUUGUUUGACGAGUGCUUGUUUUCUGAAAUUGUCCUUUUCAUUCUUUAUCUUUCAUCAGGUCUCUCAGGGAGUUACUCCAUGCUGGUUUUGAUCACAGCCAUCUUGUCCCCAUUGAUAGGUGCCUAUCUCAUCUUUAGAGUUGUCAAUCUGCCCUCUUCUGACAUUUCAAUGGGGCGUGUUGUAAUCUUCUGGUGCCCUUGCAUCUGUCCUCAGUUCCUCCCUAGAAUAUCUGGUCUGGUGAUGGCCUUUACACUUAUCUUCUAACACACACAUUCCUCAUUCACACAUACACACAACAGAAUUGAUUUACACAGAACAUUUGAACAGGAACAUCAAAUUGCAAUGCAAGAGAAAAACAAUCAUUGCAUUCUUUUGCUUAUUUUAAAAUGCUAAACUUAAACAAAGUGGUGACCCUAAACGGUCUGUUAUUGCCUUGAAAUCAGCCCAGAGACAGAUUUGGGCUGAUGCAUCUCUACCAAUGGCCCAUUAGGCCAUUCCUUUUUGCUAUUCAAAAAGGGUGGCUGGCAGGAUAUGGUCAAAUCAUACAUAAAUACAUUUAAUACACAUUAUAUUAUUAUUCUUUAUCAUUCAUUCUAAAUUAUACAAAUAUAAAAUCCUACUACUACACUUCUACCUACCUCCAGGAUGGGAUAUUACUUGCUAGCCAUCAAGGGUGGAAUCUUUGUGACAAUCACUCUCAGAGAAUGGAUGCUUACCCCACACUAACUGUAUUGUCCACAGACAUUCCACAAUCUGCCUUCCAUCCCCAUUAAUUCAGAGUCCUGACACAUGGUAUUCUUUAUUGGCAAAGGAACUGAGAGGUGGUUGAGGUUUCCCCACCCUCUAUAUCGGGGUGGCCAAACUUACUGACCCCCUGAGCCGCAUACAACAAUCUUCAGAAUUUCAAGAGCCAGGACGCACCUGCCGAGGCUAAGGGUUUCAGCCCUGCAGGAGCUGCCCAACAGGGCUCAGGGCUUCUACCCGGCUCCUGCUGAAGUCCUGAGUCCCAGCAGGUGUGCCCUGGCUGAAGCUCCAAGACCGCCUAUCCCACUGGGCAGAAGUCCCUACCCCACCACCCUGUUGCAAGGCAGAGGUCCCAAGCUCCCGCCAUCCCCCAACCUCCAGUAUAGCAGGUGGGAAAUGUGUGUGUGGGGGGGCUCCAUGUGCCGCACUUUAACAGUAAAAGAACUGCAUAUGGCUUAAGAGCCAGUUUGGCCACCCCUGCUCUAUAUCCUCAGAUACAGUGUUCACAAGGCUCCAUGGGCAUCGGUGCAGCCCCAACAGAUGCUGCUGUUCAAAGGAUUCUUAUCUAAGCACCAGGAGUGGAGUGAAGGGUGUUAUCCAUACAGAAAGAACCACCUUCCUUGCUGUAAGAUAAGUAACCAUAUUUAUGUUUGUAUAACCUAUGCCCGUCUAAGUGGGGCAACGGUGAAGUGUUUUUAAAAACAUCUUUAUCAUCCUUGUGCUAGCUGCUCAUGGGCAUAUUAUCUGCACAAUAGAUAAUGCAAGCUAAAGGUUAAUUUUAUUAUCUCUGCUCCUCCAUAAAUAGCAUAAAGCAACUGUUCUCUGAAGCAGGUUAGCAAAGAUGGAUCUAGGUUGUAAGGUAGUCUUAAUUUUUCUUUUCUUUUCUCCUUGUUGUGGGGUAGACUGGAAACUAGCUCAGGGUUUUAUUGCCAUUGCUGGUCCCCUAAACAAUGAGUCAGUAAGGAAUUUAAAUAUUCAAAACAAGCUCUUAGGCAAAAAGGCUCUUAAUAUUGUAGUGGAUGAAGGACACAAUUGUUUGUGCCAUCAGCCUUUUUUGGCUUCUCUGCCACAGUACUUCUCCUACCUUCAUGCAAGUGGUGUGACGCAUUAUAAAAUCUUUAUGCCAUGGAUGCAUAUCCUUCCAGAGGGGAAUGCCAAGAAUCCGGAAGAAGCUACAGUUCAGUGCUAUAGACAACUUCUUAAGUCUCUUACUGCUGCCAACCUUAAGCCAGUGAUAAUUCUGCAUCAUAAGCAUUUGCCUGGGGUUGUGAUCACGCAGUCCACGUUUGGGAAGCACAGGACCUUUGCUGACCUCUUUGUAGAAUAUGCUGAGUUUAACUUCCAUUCUUUUGGUGAUAUGGUUGACAUGUGGCUCACCUUUAGCGACUUGCCUGAGAUCACUGAGAGUCUGCCGUAUGAUGAUCCACAGACCUCUCUCCAAAUUCUAGCUGCUGCGCAUGAAAAAGCUUAUAAAAUCUACCAUGAAAAAUAUUCUUCAAAAGAUGGAAAACUGUCCAUUGCACUGGAAAUUGAUCAUGUCUUUGGGAGUGCACCUUUGGAAUCUUUUUUAGCCUCUCUUAGGGACUCUGUAGAUUUUCUCUCUUUCAGUCUGCAAUACAACUGUAGAAAUGACGUAGACUUAAAAAGGAAGUUGAACAAGUUACAGACUAUCAAGGAGAAUACAAACAUUUUACUCUUUGGUUUAAAACUUCGUGAAUGUAGCUCCAUGAAAGAGAAUCCAUUUAUACCAGUAGCUAGCAUUUUCCAGGCCAUUAAUCAAGACAAGGCAUUGGCAAUGGGAUAUGAUGUUAAUGAAUUCUUAAACUACUCAUCAGUUCAUAAAAUUAGACCCCAUGUAGCUAAUACGACUAUCCAAAAAAGACUACAAGAGGGCCAGGCUGCUGCUGUUGCUCCUCUCUCCUCUUAUCAAACAGUUUGGGAAACUUUUGCUAACCAGUCCGAAUUGGAGAGAGACACUUUUUUGCAUGAUGUUUUCCCAAGUGGUUUCCUCUGGGGUACAUCCACUGGUUCCUUUAAUGUUGAAGGAGGCUGGGCCGAGGAUGGAAAAGGAGAGAGUAUUUGGGACUGGUUUGGGCACCAAGGUCAUGUCCACAUGAAUCAGACCGCAAAUGUGGCAUGUGACAGUUACCACAAAACUGACUAUGAUGUUUAUCUGCUCAGGGGUCUUCAGUCGAAGCUGUACAAGUUUUCUAUAUCCUGGCCCAGGAUUUUUCCCACUGGCAUUAGAAACAGCUUCAGCCUCCAAGGUGUAAAUUACUACAACAAAUUGAUAAAUAGCUUACUGGACUCUAAUAUUGAGCCCAUGGUGACCUUGUUCCACUGGGACCUCCCACAAGCACUGCAAGAUCUCGGUGGAUGGCAGAAUGAGAGCAUUAUUAAUACUUUUGCAGACUAUGCAGACUUCUGCUUUGCUACCUUUGGGGAUCGGGUUAAAUUUUGGGUUACCUUCCAUGAACCUUGGGUCAUUAGCUACGCUGGCUAUGGCACUGGACAGCAUCCCCCAGGAAUCACUGAUCCAGGAGUAGCAUCUUAUAAGGUGGCUCACUCAAUUAUUAAGGCGCAUGCAAAAGCCUGGCACUUAUAUGAUGACCGAUAUCGUUCCCAACAGCAUGGUAAGGUGGGAAUAGUGCUGAAUUCAGACUGGGCUGAACCCAAGACCCCAACAAGUUCUGAGGAUGUGAAGGCAGCUGAGCGCUACAUGCAUUUCAUGCUAGGCUGGUUUGCUCACCCUAUAUUUGUUAAUGGAGACUACCCAGAUAUCCUGAAGUCCCAGAUCCAACAAAAGAACCAGCAGUGCUCUACCCCAGUUGCCAUCCUCCCUUCAUUUAGUGAGGAAGAGAAGUCCAUAGUGAAAGGAACUGCAGAUUUCUUUGGUCUUUCUCAUUACACUUCCAGACUGAUCAGCACUGCGGCUAAUGACACUUGUCUUCCAGACUAUGAGAAUAUUGUGAAUUUUUCCCAACAUGUUGAUCCUUCUUGGCCACAGACUGCUUCAUCUUGGAUCAGAGUGGUCCCUUGGGGGCUGAGAAGGCUGUUGAAGUUUGUUUCCCAGGAAUAUACAGGGACUAGGAUCCCAAUUUACAUAGCAGGGAAUGGUGUGCCCACAGAAGAUGGAGGGGAUGUUAUUAAUGACACAAAGAGAAUGGAUUAUUUCAGGCUGUACAUCAACGAGGCUCUGAAAGCUAUAAGGCUAGAUGCAGUUGAUGUUCAGACAUAUAUUGCCCGAUCCCUGAUUGAUGGCUUUGAAGGCCCAAUGGGUUAUAGUCAACUAUUCGGACUACAUCACGUGAAUUUUGAAGAUGGCAACAGACAAAGGACACCAAAGGAGUCAGCAUAUUUCUUCUCCAGUGUUAUUGAAAAGAAUGGUUUCCCCAAAGAAGUCAUGGACAGAUCUUUUCAGUCACUGAGAUGUGAUUCACCCCCUCCACCAAGGUUACUUAGUUUACCAGCAUCUGACGUACCUUCAAAGGCAAAGGUUGUAUGGGAAAAAUUCUCACCCCAAAUUAAGUUUGAAAGGGACAUGUACUUCUAUGGAACCUUCCCAGAUGACUUUAAAUGGGGGGUGUCCUCCUCUGCCUACCAGAUUGAAGGAGGUUGGGAUGAGGAUGGCAAAGGGCCUAGCAUUUGGGAUAACUUCACCCACAUCCCAGGGAACAUAAAAAAUAAUGAGACUGGAGAUAUAGCUUGUGAUAGCUACAACAAACUAGCUGCAGAUCUUUACAUACUGACAGCUUUAAGGGUAAAGAGCUAUCGCUUCUCUCUGUCUUGGCCUCGCAUUUUUCCUAGUGGAAGAAAUGAUUCCAUAAAUAGCCACGGGGUUGAUUAUUACAACCGACUUAUCAGUGGUUUGACUGCAAGAAAUAUCACUCCUAUGGUCACUCUGCACCACUGGGAUCUGCCUCAGGCUCUCCAGGACAUUGGUGGCUGGGAGAACGAUUUAUUGAUUGAACUUUUUGAUAGUUUCGCAGACUUCUGUUUCCAGACUUUUGGAGACAGAGUAAAAUUUUGGAUGACCUUUAAUGAACCCUUUGUCAUUGCAUGGGCUGGAUAUGGGUUAGGAGAGCUUCCACCAAAUGUGAAGGAUAAUCCAGGUUAUACUCCCUAUAAGAUUACACACACAUUACUAAAAGCUCAUGCCAGGGUUUAUCAUACAUAUGACCGUAAAUACAGAGUCAGUCAGAAAGGGCUUAUUUCUUUGAGCCUCAGUACUGAGUGGGUUGAACCAAAGACGCUGGAUGAUCCCAGAGAUGUGGAAGCAGCAGAUCGCUAUCUGCAGUUUAAUCUAGGGUGGUUCGCACACCCAAUUUUCAAAAAUGGGGACUACCCAGAGGCCAUGAAAUGGACAGUAGGGAACAGGAGUGAGCUACAGAACUUGCCAUCCUCUCGUCUGCCUGCUUUCACAGCAGAGGAGAGAGAAUACAUCAGGGGCACAGCUGAUGUCUUCUGUUUCAACACCUACACCUCCAAAAUUAUAAAGCAUAAGACCACCAGGCUGAAACCAUUCUCUUAUGAGGAUGACCAGGAGCGACUGGAGGAGGUUGAUUCAUCCUGGCCUACCUCAGCAAUUACAGGAAUGAGAGCUGUAGCCUGGGGUCUCAGGAGGCUGCUGAAUUGGAUUAAAGAGGAGUAUGGCAAUCCCCCAAUUUACAUAACUGAAAAUGGGGUGGGAAUACAGACCAAAUCUGACAUUGAUGACACUAACCGGAUAUUUUACUACAAAACCUACAUCGAUGAAGCUCUGAAAGCCUACAAGUUGGAUGGCGUUAAUCUUCGAGGAUACGUUGCUUGGUCUCUCAUGGACAACUUUGAAUGGUUGCAUGGUUACAGCGUCAGGUUUGGACUGCACCAAGUUGAUUUUGAAAAUCCAAACAGGCCCAGGACCCCCAAACGCUCUGCUGUGUACUAUGCUGAAGUCAUACGUAACAACGGGAUCCCAUUACCAAAAGAGGAUGAAUUUUUAUAUGGGGAAUUUCCAAAGAAUUUUUCAUGGAGCGUAGCAACCUCAGCAUAUCAGAUUGAAGGAGCCUGGAGAGCAGAUGGAAAAGGACUUAGCAUUUGGGACCAGUUUGCUCAUACUCCCUUGAAAAUUAGCAAUGAUGAAAAUGCAGAUGUAGCUUGUGACAGCUACCACAAGCUCGAGAAGGACUUGGCUAGUCUGAAAGCUCUCCAAGUGUCUCACUAUCGCUUUUCAAUCUCCUGGCCCCGUGUUCUCCCAGAUGGAACUACAAAGCAUGUUAACGAAGCUGGAUUAAACUACUAUGAGAGGCUUAUUAAUGCUCUCCUUGCAUCUAAUAUUAAACCUCAGGUAACUAUUUACCACUGGGACCUCCCACAGGCCCUGCAGAAUGUUGGCGGGUGGGAGAAUGAAACUAUAGUUCAGAGAUUUAAAGAAUAUGCUGAGUUACUUUUCCAGAGGCUGGGAGAUAAAGUGAAAUUUUGGUUAACCCUCAAUGAACCCUAUAUAAUCGCAAAUCUUGGCUAUGGCUAUGGCACAUCUGCUCCAGGAAUCUUUUCUAGACCAGGUAAAGCUCCUUACAUAGUAGGGCAUAACUUAAUAAAGGCCCAUGCUGAAGUCUGGCAUCUGUACAAUGAAACCUACCGUCCUAAACAAGGAGGAUUAAUCUCCAUUACCAUUAACUCUGACUGGGCUGAACCAAGAAACCCUCACAAGCAGGAAGAUACUGACGCUGCGAGGCGAUAUGUGCAGUUUUAUGGUGGUUGGUUUGCUCAUCCCAUUUUCAAAAACGGUGAUUACAAUGAAGUGAUGAAAAUGAGAAUACGGGAGCGCAGCCUGGCCCAAGGGCUCAGCAAAUCACGACUCCCAGAAUUUACUGAAAGUGAAAAGCAGAGAAUUAAAGGCACAUUUGAUUUCUUUGGUUUCAAUCAUUAUACCACAAUAUUGGCAUACAACUUAAACUAUGCUUCUGCCAUCUCAUCCUAUGACGCUGAUAGAGGGGUAGCUUCAGUAACAGACUGGAGCUGGCUGGGCUCUGGUUCCUUCUGGUUAAAGGUGACCCCCUUUGGCUUCAGAAAGAUCCUGAGGUGGAUAAAGGAAGAGUAUGAUAACCCUCCAAUUUACGUUACUGAGAAUGGGAUUUCUGAACGUGGAAACCUAGGCCUCAAUGACACUUGGCGAAUACACUACUACAAGAGCUACAUUAAUGAAGCGUUAAAAGCUGUUCUACUUGAUGGUGUUGAUCUCCGAGGCUACACUGCAUGGUCUCUGAUGGACAACUUAGAAUGGGCAACAGGCUUUGCUGAAAAAUUUGGUUUGCAUUACAUCAACUACACUGAUCCCAAUCUGCCCAGGAUUCCCAGAGAAUCUUCAAAAUAUUAUUCAUCAAUCAUACAAUGUAAUGGCUUCCCAGACCCAGCAAAUGGACCACAUUUGUGUUUCCAGCCACAGCCUGAAGGUACUACUACACCAACUGCCAGCACAAUGGAGCCUGUGCACAAUGCCUCCAGUGGGAAAGUACAAUUUCUGGGAUUAGAUUUAACUUCACUGAAUGCAGAAGUAGGACUGUAUGUGCUAUUUGCUUUUGCUCUGAUUGGUGUGUUAGGACUUGCUCUUUUUUCAUACAAAUAUGGAAAGUUAUCUAAAAGAGUGAGUAAACCAUCAGGAUAG